AUGGACAGGGGCGAGCUUCUGCAACGUCUUCUGGCGCUCGACAAGGAAUUCAGUGCGUACAUAGGCGAGUCAAAGGAGCUGGAGGAGUUUCUGGAAGGCGAGGUUGAGCGGUUGACCAAGCAGGCCCAGACUUUGGAGGACGCGAACAAGAGGCUACAAGAACAGCUGGAUGCCGCCAACGGCCAUAAUAUCGAGCUCACGCGACAGGUGGGGGCUUUGGACGAUGACAAAAGGGCGCAGAUCAGCCAGCUUAACGAGAAAGUGCGAGCUUUGGAGAAAAAGCUCAUAGACACAGAGGUGAUCAACGACGGCCUGGAGUCGAAGCUGCGCAUUCUGGAGUCUUCCAGAGACGACGAGGACGCACGGCUGGGCGAACUGAUGGAGCGUAUAGCGCUUUUAGAGAGCGAAAACAUCGACAAGGACCAGCUGAUAGGCCAACUACAGCACCAGAUACAAACCCUUCAGAGAGAGAACAAGAGCCUUGCGCAGCAGUGCGACAAGUACGAGAAGUUCAGCAAACUAAUGACAAUUAAUAGAACGGAAUUGAAGGUAGCCAAGUUCCAGACACCUCCAAUAAACGAAUGA